CUUCGACCUGUAUCCCAAACCAUCAAUGGCGACACCCCUUCAUAGACACCAAUCAUCCUUGCAGGGUUUCCUAGAUUUCUCGUCUUCUACUGUUCUAACGCCUGAUCAAUGUAGUCAGGCAACCACGAUCUUCAACCAACUCGUCUCUCGAUACGAACCUUUCCAAGCUGAGCGUACAGCAUAUAAAUAUGUUACCCUACUCCGAACCGUCCAUGAAUCGGUUGUUUCCAAAGACAACUUCCUUAACCACUUCUUCUUAUUCAUUGAUGCAGACCUUCGACGUGGACAGGACGCCCCUACGCCAACUUUUUUUGAAGUCUUGUCUCGAUUCGACAGUCUGCAUUCUUGGAGCCGUGAACAAUCGGAUGAGCUCCAGGGAACCCUAAUCAACUUUUCAGACUACCUUGUGAACAACUUCUUCCUGCCACUCAAAGCAUCUGGCCGGAAGACACCUCAACCUACCCCUACCGCUCUCAGUCUAACCCAAACCCCCGACAAUGUUGUUGGGACCACACAACGACUUGCACAUCUGCGACAGCAAUGUCUUACUCGCGAUCGCUAUCGAUGUGUAAUAUCCCGAAAGUUCGAUCUCAAUGAAGCGAAGGCACGCUGGAAAAGAGACGGUGCUGAUUCGAAGGAUGAUGAUGGACUUCUGCUGAAGAAUGAAAAACCUGAAUAUUUGGAAGUAGCACAUAUACUUCCUCACUCUCUCACGUCACUCUCAGGCGAUGUUGGGGAUUUACAAUUGAGCGAAUCCAAAAGAAUUGCUCUUCAAAUAUUGAAGAUGUUCGAUCCUGAUGCUAGCCCCCUCAUUGAGGGACCCGAUAUUGAUAGAUCGAUCAAUGCCAUCGUGUUGACGCAUCAUUGGCAUCAAGAAAUGGGGGAUUUUGCGGUAUCCUUUCAACCUACGAUCGAUCGGUCUCCACACUCCUACAAGAUCGAUUACAUUGACCCUAAUCGACCUUUCCGUGAUCCUUUACUCCCUGUUAUUCGCCAACUUUAUACCACUCCAACGAAGACCAUCGAUCCACCUGCUCCCCGUCUUCUGGCUAUUCAUCAUGCUAUUGCGCGUAUUCUCUGUCUUAGCGGCGCAGGAGAAUACAUCAAUCACAUCAUUCAAGAGAUGGAAGAAGUAAGCAUAAAGGAAAACGGAUCUACCGCCCUUGGAUAUUACGUCCGCUUGAAGAUGGAUGGUUGGCUGGACGGAAUUCCAGUCUGUUGAAUCAUUGGAAUGAAAUCAGACUCUCUCUCCAAUCUUUCCCGUGUACUGUAUCAUUCAAAGUAUAUGUUCUCAGUUAUCUGGUUCAGAAACAGGAGUAGGUGGCGACUGUUUUGACUUGAAUGGCGUUGCAUUUUAUUACUUGUACCAACAUAUUAAAAACCCUCGAGUACCACUGGUUUCCAUUUCUUUUUACGCUGCGUUUUCGCAGCUUUGAGCCGUGAAACUCCUUCGCUCGUUUCAUCACGAGUGACCAUAGACGUGUUCACAAUCAUAUUUUCUCCUUUAUUCUCCCUGAA